GUUUUGCUGAGAACAUUGAAAAGUUAAAAUGCGCUGUGUUGUUUUACUCAUUUUGGCGAUUGAUCUCGUUCAAUCGAUUCCUGAGUCCGAUCCACCGAUUGUCCAUAUCGGUCUAGGCAGUAUCAAAGGAAGUGUAUUGACUUCCAGAUUGGGGAAUCGAUUUGUCGCCUUCAGAGGAAUCCGUUACGCAGAACCUCCAGUCGGUCCUCUAAGAUUCGCAGCGCCCCAACCCAUCGGAUCGUGGACCGAAAUAUUGGACGCUACCGAAGAUGGACCCAUGUGUCCACAGCCGGCCUACAAUAGGAGCGAAGUUUCGGAAGAUUGUCUUCGGUUGAACGUUUACUCCCGAUUGAUUCCGGGCGAGUUGAUUCGAAUUCGACCCCAGGACGUGAUUGUUUAUAUGCAUCCGGGAGGAUUUUACGCUUUCUCCGGACAAAGUCACAAUAAUGCUGGACCCCAGUAUUUGAUGGAUCAAGACAUUGUGUUGGUAACCAUAAAUUAUCGACUGGGUUCGCUGGGAUUCAUGAGUACCGGAACGCGGGAGUGUCCCGGGAAUGCUGGCUUCAAAGAUCAAGUCAUGGCAUUGAAAUGGGUUCGGGAUCACAUCUCUAGCUUUGGAGGAAAUCCCAACUCAGUAACUCUAAUGGGAUACAGUGCAGGGGCACUAAAUACAACUCUUCAUAUGAUAUCACCCAUGUCUCGAGGAUUGUUCCACAAAGCUAUUGUGAUGAGUGCCGCUUCCACGAGCCAAGCCACAGUGCCAACGGAACAAAUCGAACUCGCCCGGAAGCAAGCUAUCCUGUUGGGAUGUGAUAUCAAAUCAACCCAGGAAAUGGUCGAAUGCCUUCGCCGGAAACCAUUCUCGGAUUUUGCCGACAGUCUAGAACACAUGUUUGUAAUAUCGUGGAAUCCAGUUCUGCUGUGGAAAGCAGUAAUUGAACCAGACUUUGGACAGGAGAGAUUCCUUGAUCAGGAUCCAACGGAAGCUUACCUUAAGGGGAACUUUAUGAAGAUUCCCCUUCUGGCAGGUAUAACGAAGGAUGAAUUCGCUGGUCCUGCGGUUAGUUUCCUAAGGAAUGAAACUUUACGAAACGAGUUGGAUGAAAAUUUUGAUACGCUGGCACCGAUUUUGUUCCUGUACGAAAGACACACGGAGGAAUCGAUCAACCGGAGCCGACUGUUGCGGGAGCGGUUUCUCGACGAUGAGCCACUCAGUAUAAAUCGAUCCCUCCAGGGUUUGAAUUAUCUUUUCGCUGACAGCCUCAUAGGUUUCCCGGUUCACCGUUUUACCCAGCUAGCAGCCCGAUACACCACGGUAUAUAAAUACAAAUUUUCCUACGUAGGAAGGUAUUCAUUCUUCUACUACCCGGACGAAAAGACUCCCUACGGAGCCGUUCAUCACGACGAUCUGCUGUACCUAUUCUCAAUUCCCCCGAGGGCACCCAUCUUCAAUGCUACUGACCCUGAAGAUUUGAUCGUUCGCCACAUGACCGGCAUGUGGGUGGCUUUCGCGAAAACUGGAGAUCCAAAUAACGCUGAGAUAGACGUGACGCCGAAUUGGUUGCCGGUAACCAGUGAAACGGAUAACUAUCUGAACAUUGAUAAGAAUCUCACAAUGGAGAUGGGGUUAUUAACCGAUCGCUUCGAAUUUUGGGAUAAACUAUUCCCAUUACCAAGCAAGUAAAUCUAAAAGAAAAAAAUAAACAAAAUUUGAACUUACCAUCCAACGACUC